AUGUCGAGUUCGGAGGCCGCAUCAACGUGGGAUUUUACUCCUGUCAUCAACCUUAUUUACUCGUUUUCCAAUAACAGCCAGCCCACGUCCCUGACAGAGCAAGCUACAAUUGCUCCGUCAUUAUCCUUCCCCGACCACAAUACUGGACGAGAUGGAUGUCAACCGCUCGGGGAUUUUGGACCCCUUUGGGAUUUACUAUCUGGGGGUCGGCCUCCGGAUGCUAACAAUGCCACUGAUAAUAUUCAACUAGCUUCUCAGAGUGCUAAUCUGAGUCAGGAAAAAUACCAUCUCCGUCCACAUGAUGCUAGCGAACAAGAGGUGCUAGCUGGAGCGACUGGGAACACAACUGACACGCCAAAAGUCCGAAUUCUACUGCAAAAGAGAGUAGUAGAAAACAUCAAAAAGAAGCCCCGCAUCCGGCCCUCUAUUUUCCCACUUACUAAAGUUGACGAUGAUGACAAAAUUCCUCCUGGACCUAAUCUGCGCCCCGCUAUUCCUCUCUCGAUACUACGGAACCCUAAUCCAGCUGUUCUUAACGAAGCCAUCUCAACCCCGCUUCCCCCGACAACCCCGCCGUGUUACAACAAAUUAUCUAGUCCCAAGUCUGGCAGGUGCAUCAUUGAACCUAUUCUAGAAGGGACCCCUGCUGAGAAAAGACUCGAUUUGAUUUCUAUGCUCAGCACUCGUUUUCCAAAAGAACGGAAUUACCUGCUUAAGCUUCAGGUUUCUAACCUGACGGUUUACGAACCUAAUCUUCAUCCAGCAGGGGUUCAUGUUUUCGUUGACAUGUCAAAUAUUUCGGUUGGAUUCCAUGACUGCAUCAAACUAGCUCGAGAUGUUCCUACUUCCAGUCGUAUUCCUCGCAUUCCAUUGUCUUUCCACAACUUCUCUAUCAUCCUGGAAAGAGGCCGAUCGACGAGCAAAAGGGUCUUGGUCGGUUCUGACCGGUUUGCAGCGGUUGACGAAGCUGAAGCAAUUGGUUACGAGAUUAAUAUCCUUGAACGAGUCCAAAAAGCGAAAGAUUUCUCACGCAAAAAGUCCUCAGGUGGAAAUGGGAAUGCUCGAAACAAUGGCACAAGGAGCAUCGCACAAGGGCAGUCCAGUGGCUCUGAAACGAACGCUGGACCCCGUCAAGAGCGAUGGGUGGAACAGGGAGUAGACGAAAUUCUACACCUGAAAAUCCUGGAGAGCAUAGUCGAUUCCGAGGCGCCCUCUACCAUGGUACUCGCAACGGGUGAUGCAGCGGAAGCUGAAUACUCAGACGGGUUUUUGAAGAUGGUAGGGCGUGCGCUGCAGAAGGGAUGGGGUGUCGAACUUGUGAGCUUCAGCACCACCAUUAGUCGCGCAUACAAGCGGAAGGAAUUCCGUUCCCAAUGGGGUGCACAAUUUAGAGUCAUCCGGCUAGAUGAAUAUGUUGAGCACCUCCUGGAUGCGUGA